UUGGGGUGUUGUGCCCAUGUUGCAUCCCACCCGCAGAGCCACCGUUUGAGAUUCCUGUCCGACGCCUCUAUUUGAGAGAGAGAAACCACACGGUCCACCUGGCUUCUCCUCCUCUCCUCAACUGAUCGCCCCGAUUGUGCAUCCUUAUCCUGUUAGGUAUGCUGGAACCUUGAGUCGCUCAUUUGCAUUGAUAUGCGCAUUUUGACACGGUUGUUGCAUUCUUGCUGACAUCAACGGAUUAGAAACCCUCAUUGGAAAGGAGCAGCACCCACCCUAAACACAAUGCCGCCUUCCGGUCGACGUGGAGUUCGACGGCGGGAUGUCGAUCAGUCCGACAUGGACUCUCCGGAUAUGCAUCAGACGCCUGUAAGGAAGCGUAGGAAGGUUAACGACGACGCUCCUACCUCCGCAGCCAAACCACCCAAACGUGUGCUAUCGAACCAGAGUACCGACACAGCGAAGGCCGAUUAUCCCGACGUCCAAGUCGCCCUGAAAACGCCCAUGGAGAAAGCCGAUGCGGUUGUCCGCGCGCUCAAAGUCGCGAAUUAUGAAGUCGGUGCGUCAUUCGAUUACGCGAACCAAAUCCUCACCCAAGACACGCAAACCGCGUACGCGCGCAUCUCCGGACGGAAUUGGACCUUUUUCGUCCACCAGACAAGAGUCAUUAUCGGCAGACCGAUCAAGAAGGAGAAGAAAGAUGACGUGGGAUCGGCGGGAGGGUCGGCGGGACAGCAGCUCAAGGAUGACGAAUGGGCCGUGGAUAUCGAUCUUGGACCGGAACAGCAGAUCUCACGAGUACACGCCGAAAUUGCGUACGAAGGGUCGCACUGGGUCUUGGUCGUCAACGGCCGCAAUGGGCUGUACCUGAACGAACAGAAGCUGGAACGAGGGAACAAGGUUAUCCUGGAAUCGGGCAAUGUGAUCAGUAUCUUGGGCACCCAGAUGAUGUUCCUUCUCCCCGGAUUCGAUCAGGAGCUGAAAAUCCACCCAACCAUCCUGAAGCAAGCGGCACUUGGUGCUGACGACGACGAGACGGACGGCAUGAACGAAGACGAAAACAUGCCGCCGCAAGAGCGAAAGCGCACUGAUGGACUUGUGCAACCUCGUUCGGCGCCCGCCUACGCACAGCAGUCGUCGAACUUCAACGACCGACGCUUCGAUCAUCUGCAGAAAUCUCCCGACACCCCGAUCGCUCGUGGAUCGUUCAAGUCCCAGAACUCCCCUGCUUACUCGCGUGGAUUGCUACUUGAAAGCACCGAGGAUAUCGACUAUAGCCUCGACAGUGCCAAGGAUUUGAAACCGCCGCACAGCUAUGCGCAGAUGAUCGGUCAGGCCAUUCUAUCAAGCCCGGAGGAGAAGUGCACGCUUGCGAAGAUCUACGAGUUCAUCAAGGAGCGGUAUGCGUUCUAUCGCCAUAGCGGUGGAGGCUGGCAGAAUUCGAUCCGUCACAACCUGUCCCUCAGCAAGUGUUUCGAGAAAGUCGCCCGUCGCACCGACGAACCCGGCAAAGGAAUGAAAUGGCAGAUUGUCCCCGAGCAGCGUGAAGAGUUCAUGAAGAAGUCGUUGACGGGCAAUCGGAAGGGUUUGAGGCCUAUCAGUUCGUCAGGACCUACAUCACCUGCAAACAGAGAGAUUCCAGCUAUGGUUGCGGCAGGCCGGCUUAUGGAAAUUACAGGGCAGCGUGACGGUGCCAACGACGAGCGCCAGCGACGACGAGGAACGAAUCGCUCGGUCACCCCUCCUCUGGCUUCCUAUCCUGUCGCAAACGAGUCGUUUACGCCCGAUCGUGGUUCUCGUCCUAUACAGUAUCCUUCAAGUGCGAAUACGCCCGCGACAAUGACGCCUUCUUAUGGCCGUGGUGCGCACAAUGGUAUCGAUAUGCUUGCCGAAGCCUCCGGCAAAGCCAAGCACAUGGGCAGCGCCGGCUAUAUGUUCGGCCACGGUGGAUCCAACUCCCCCACCGGCCCGAACCCCUUCCAUACGAACCCUUCCAACACCAUGGACACGCCGCUGAUCGCUCGCCAACACCCGCUUCUCGCGCCCCCAAGCACCGCCCAUCCACCCAGCAAGUACCUCCAACUCAGCAGUCCUGCACCCUUCUGGAAUUUCCUGGAGAUGCAGAACUCCACUCCGGCUCGUGGCGGUGACAUCGAUCCGACUACGAGCCCGCUUAAGGGCCGUCGCGCCAGCAUCAGCGGCACCGACCAAGACGACGCGGACGAAGGAAUGCAGUCGGAGAACCUGCCCAGCGAACGUCCUCGUUCCGCAGACGACGCCACCGAGACGCAACAAGGAGCUUCUGUUGCGCGUGCCACUACCACCGAACCGACACGCCAGUUCCGUGACCCGAACGUUACGCCCACCCCCAAGCUCUCGAAGAAGCACAAUCUCGACACGGCGAUCGCGCAGCCAUCCAGCCCGCCAGCGUUUCACACUGGUGACAAGUCAUCGCCCCUCCCCAUCCGCCACGUCAGCGCCGGGUCGGCCAUCAUCCAACCGGCUACCGAAACCAACACAGUUGCUCCCACUGCCGAUAAUGAGAACCCCACUGCACCGACCGAUGCGGACGCUAUGGACGCCAUGGAGCCCAGUCCCAGUCGCACGAUUUCGCGGACCGUCAGCGUAGGUGUCGGGAAUCAGAGCAACGUGAAGGAGAAUGGCGGGAAUGUGGCGAGCGUAUCCAAACUACCUUCGAAUUCGAAUCCAAAUAUAAACGGAAACGCGAGCUCGAUACCCCCAGGGCUCGGGAUGGGCAAGGCUAAGCCGCCGAUGCUACAAAGUGGGUUCCGGUCGAGUUUCGGUGCCGGCAUAGGAGGGAUGGGUGGACCGAUGGGACGGGCCGAGGAGGAAGAGGAGGAAGGGAUUGAUUUGGCGAAGGGGUUCGAGACGAUCGGGAGCUUCCAUCGGAAUAUGACCGCGAAUGGGAUCCGGGGAGCUUAGUCCCGGAUCACCUGCUUCAACAUACGUCCAACAUAGCAUCCGGCUCUGGUCUUCUCUCCGGAUAUCGUUCACUCCCCGCUUAUUUAACUCGUGGACAUUUUCUCUCGGAGAGAUC